GUUUCUGUCUCAGACAGCGACCGAGCUAGCGAGUGCCCUGUCCAACAAACCUUCACGUUUCAGGGCACUGUGUGUGAGUAGACAGUGUGUUUGUGUUCACCCCUUUCCCCUAAAAAGAAGAUGGCAGACUUUCGGGACGACACCGGAGCUCGAGCCCUCCUGGCCUUGCAAUCCGCCCCAUGCAGCCCCGUUCGAGUCGGGGUGACCUCGCACCCAUACCCUCCCUCCCUCGCCCUCUCGGGCUCUGCUGUGCUGGGCAGGGGCUGUGGAAUCUCUCCUCGCCUCGCGUCUCCGCCUCGGGCCCUAGCAAGGCUGGAAGGCCGGGACUUUGAGUUCGUCAUGCGGCAGAGGACUGUGACGGUAGGCCGGAACUCGUCUCAUGGCUCGGUGGACAUCAAUAUGGGCCACUCCAGCUUCAUUUCCCGGAGACACCUUCAGAUUACUUUCGAGGAGCCAUGCGGGUUUUCGCUGCGCUGCCUCGGCAAGAACGGAGUAUUUGUGGACGGGGUGUUUCAAAGGAGAGGAGCGCCACCGCUACAACUUCCCCGGGAAUGUGUGCUUAGGUUUCCCAGUACAGUGAUAAAGAUCCAGUUCUCUUCUCUGCUGUCUGAGGAGGAGCUAAGAGAGGAGGAACAGCUGUCUCCCCCUCCUCGCCUCCCCCUUCUCCCACACAUCUCCCCCCUCAAGAUCAGCAUUCCCACAAUGCAUCAAGAUGACCUGCGACACAUGGUCAGCCCGUUGCCCUCCCCAACAGGAACCCUCAGUGUUCCUAACUCGUGCCCAGCCAGUCCAAGGGGGGCAGGGUCAUCGGGGUAUCGCUACGGACGCAACGUAACCUCUGACCUCCAGCUGGCUGCAGAGUUUGCCGCCAAGGCCGUCUCCGAGCAACAGAGGGGUGUUGCUGAGCAACUUGGAGAAUCUGGUGACGGGGACAGCCCCAAGGACGACUCCAAGCCUCCCUACUCCUACGCCCAGCUGAUUGUUCAGGCCAUCUCGUCAGCACCAGACCGACAGCUCACACUGUCAGGAAUCUACACACACAUCACCAAACACUACCCCUACUACCGCACUGCUGACAAAGGCUGGCAGAACUCAAUCCGCCACAAUCUGUCUCUGAACCGUUACUUCCUGAAAGUGGCUCGUAGCCAGGAGGAGCCUGGAAAAGGUAGUUUCUGGCGUGUGGACUCUGCCUCGGAGGGAAAGCUGGUGGAACAGGCCUUCAGGAAGAGACGGCAGAGGGGCGUGGCCUGCUUCCGCACACCCUUCGGUCCCCUCUCAUCCAGAACAAAAAGCGCUCCGGCCUCCCCGACCCACCAGGGCCUCCUCUCCCCCCCCUCCAGCGGCCUCCAGACCCCAGAGUGUCUGUCCAGAGAGGGCUCUCCUCUGUCUCACGAACCCCCCCACCACCACCACGAUCUGGCACACAAACUGGCCUCCGUACCAGAAUACCGCUACACACAGAGCGCACCAGGGUCCCCGGUUCACAGCCAGCCGGUGAUUAUGGCUGCUCCGCCCCACCCCCUGCCCACUGGGCUGGGAAAACCCCUGGCCCUAUUCUCCGGCCCGGGGGGCAGCCAGACCCUCCACAUGCUGCAGAGCCCCCCCACCACCCUCACCAUGCUGCGUCUUGUCACCACCGCCACCUCCUCCAACCCCACCAAUGGGUACAUCCUGACCCCUGGGGGCGGGGCACAGGGGCACAUCACCACCCGACAGGACAGCGAGCACAGAGACCUGCAGCAGCAGACCCGGGAGCGUGUCAUCCAAUCUGUGGAAGGAGCCCAGCAAGGGUUGGAGGGGCGUGGCCUAUCUCUGGGGCUGCACCAACUUCCUGUUCGCCCUGUCACUCAGAAUGGCAAACACGCCUCAGCGGUUGCCACAGUUACCAGCGUCGCCAGCGCUUACGCUCUGACCAGUCCUCUGCAGAUCCUUGCAGCCCAGGCCUCCAGCUCCCCCCCUGUCCUGUUGAGCAGACAGCCCAAUGCGGGGCCUGAUGUUGGGCCGGAGGCGCCAGGCGAGCCCCAGGCCAAGAGGCCAAAGAUUGAGGAGGACGAAGCUCCUCCCAGUCAGCAGCCUGUCAUCGUGGCCAUGAGCUCUCAGCCCCACGACAACAGGAAGUAGAACCACCUCACUCUGACCUCUGACCCUGAAGCCUAGCAGAGAGUGGGAGGAGCCUCUCUGUGUCUUUUCCAAAUCACCCUCCAGCAGCCUAUCCCCCCCACCCUCCCCAGAUCAGGGCCAUAGAUGCAGGGGUCCGGGCCCAGGGUUGGUCCGGGCCCAGGGUUGGUCCGGGCCCAGGGUUGGUCCGGCUGGAGGGGUAGGACAGUGUCUGUGGGUCUUUAAGAGCAGAUUCUAGUGCGUGGUCCUGCCUCCCCAGUGGUUGUCGAGCCUUUCCGCCAUGACCCCAUUGAGUCGAUGUCUGUUCCGGGAGCAGCACCGCUGAUUCAGCUGGUCCAGUAAUCAUAACGACCUUGGUAAGUGAUUCAGGUGUGCUGAUUAACGGCCGGGCCUGUGCGGGUGUCCCGGAGGACGGGUCUGAGAACCACUGUGGUAGGUGCUGCGUCGGUUAAUUUAUGGGAGAGUGCUGGCAUCAUGAAUUCCCCUACGUCACAAGUCUGACCCCUGACCCCCUAAUCAACCCUGAUCAGUAACUGCUAUUGAUUAUUACCUGCUCUGCAUCAUGCCAGGUCCUCAACAUUUACCCCUUGACUCCAGGUCCCUGCCCUCCUCCCUCUGACCCCUGGUCUCUUGGGCAGUUAGACCUCCAGAGAAACCCCAGGUGGUAUUGGUUGAUAGCUGAUAAAAGAUUUAGGUUCCAAAACCAUCAACACACUGUUGACCUGGAGAGGGGACGGGAGUUCUCCUGCUCUACAGCGGAGGAGUCAGGGAUGAGUCUGGAUCCGGAGACAGAACCAGAACCUUGUUUCCUUUUUUCCCGUGUUAAGAGGACAUUGAGGUGCUGAAUUUCAACCCUGGUCUAAUAUUCAGCUGUACUGCUCAAACUACACACUGCAAACACACUCGGCUCUAUAAUACCAUCCUUACUACACAGUUAGGGCUACUACAAUAUAACGUCAUCCAAGUUCUGUUUUCAUCGCCAGUCCCUGUUGGGAGACUUCUGGAAUCGGUUAGUAGCAAAUCCAGGAAUCUCUAAACCGGGAAAUCUGGUUACAUGAAUGUUGUGUGUGACCGAGGAGCUGAUGUAUGUAUGUGCUGUUUAAUAUUUUUGCAUUAUCAUCAUUUUAUCCCUUAAGCCUUAAAUGUUUCUACUGUUUUGUUGUAUUUUUUUCUAGGUUCUAAUUUCAGUUAAAUGUUUUUAAUGUUGAGGACUUAUUUUCUAACACUGCAGACUGCUUGAGAAAAUAACCUUUCUUUUGUAACCUUGCAGACUGCUUCAGAACACAACUUUUAUUUUGUAAUGUUGCAGAGAGUGUACUUGUCAUCUGUACUUGUGUGUAUGGUGACUUCAGGGAGGUGUACGUAAUCCUUUAACCGCUGAUCCCAGGUCAGGUCAUAUCCCACCUUUAUUAUGGUUUAGAGGUAGGAGGGCAGGGGAUCGGUUCCCACCUUUAUUAUGGUUUAGAGGUAGGAGGGCCUGGGGAUCUGAUCCCACCUUUAUUAUGGUUUAGAGGUAGGAGGGCAGGGGAUCGGAUCCCACCUUUAUUAUGGUUUAGAGGUAGGAGGGCAGGGGAUCUGAUCCCACCUUUAUUAUGGUUUAGAGGUUGGAGGGCCAGGGGAUCUGAUCCCACCUUUAUUAUGGUUUAGAGGUAGGAGGGCAGGGGAUCGGAUCCCACCUUUAUGAUGGUUUAGAGGUUGGAGGGCAGGGGAUCGGAUCCCACCUUUAUUAUGGUUUAGAGGUAGGAGGGCAGGGGAUCGGAUCCCACCUUUAUGAUGGUUUAGAGGUUGGAGGGCCUGGGGAUCUGAUCCAGUCAGCGUUCAGGUUGUGUCCCAACUGGCACUCUAUUGCUUACAUAGUGCACUGAGUUGGAACCUAUGGAGUCUUUGGGCGCCCUUCAGAUGAGAGUUUUACUCCAGUAUCUGGGAUAUUUGCUGGUUUGAAUCCCAAAGCCAAAUCUGGCUCGGUGCCUUUCACCAAGGCACUCAACCCUAAUUGGUCCUGGGCAUGAAGACACAUCCGUGACACAACCACAGAACAAGACACUGACCUGGUGCACUAUGAAGGCGUUAGGGUGCAGUUUGGGAGUCAGUUGGCCAUAGGGAAGCAGGGGAUGGGACCAACACAACUACAACUGGCUCUUUUAAACAUUUUCUUAUUUUAACUUUCCCUCACUCUCACAUUCUCUCCAUCACCCCUCCACUCUCCCUCUCUUUCUUCCACUCUUCCCGUCUCUACUAUCUAGUCACCAGUGGAAUUCUGGAGGGCGUUUUACUUAUGGAAUUAGAAUGUACUAGAUUCUAUUGAUUCUAAAGCUUUAGCCUUUCUACUAGAACUAAUCAGGACAUGAUUUUGUAACACUUCAAAACUAUUAUUUUUAACACUUCAAAAUGUGUUUGUCAACCUACAGUUUUGACUGUCUGCUGAUCACAAGACUUUAUACAAAAUCUAUGAUUGUUGCAAAAAAAAAAAAAAGAAGAAAAAAAAUUACUCAGCUGCUCUUCUCCCUUCUGCUAAAUGACAGCUGUUUAAAGUUGGGUGGUGACAAUGGUAUUUUUUUGCUAAAAGUAUUUUGCUAUUCUAUUAAAAAACAUAGAGAGUAUAUAUGUAUUUUUAAAUGUUUCUGUUUGUGAUUUGUUUAAAAUGUGUAGCACAAAUUAAAUUCUCUCAUUGACCUGC